UCUGGCACCACGUUCACAACCGCUACCCGUCAAUCGUUGCGAGCGAGCGCGAUCGCAACAACAACAUGCCAUCCGAAAAGUCCGUUUAUCAGCCGCAUCCGUCGGUCGCAAAAAACGCGUACGUUUCGUCUUUCAAUCAAUACCAAGAACUGUACCAGAAGAGCAUCGACAAUCCGGAGGAGUUUUGGGGCGAGAUCGCCCGCCAGUUUCACUGGGAAACGCCGAUCGACAUUAACAACUUCUUCAGGUACAACUUCGACAUAAGAAAGGGACCGAUUUAUACAAAGUGGUUGGACGGCGCCACCACCAACAUCUCCUACAAUCUGUUGGACAGGAACGUGAGGAACGGACACGGAGACAAAAUCGCAUAUUACUGGGAGGGAAACCAUCCAGAUGAUUACAGCAGACUGACAUACAAGAAACUGUUGGAAGAAGUAUGCAGGUUCGCCAACGUGCUGAAGAGCAAAGGGGUCCAAAAAGGAGACCGUGUGGCAAUCUACAUGCCCAUGAUCCUGGAGGCUGUGAUCGCAAUCCUUGCCUGCUCCAGAAUCGGAGCCGUUCACUCUCUCGUCUUUGCAGGAUUUUCAGCCGACUCUUUCGCUGAAAGAAUUCUGGAUUGCCAAGCCCGUGUUCUGAUUACCACCGAUGGCGUGUGGAGAGGUGAAAAGCUCCUGCAACUCAAAAACAUCUGCGACCAAUCCAUGGCGAGGUGUGCCCAAAAGGGACACAACGUGGAGACCUGUAUCGUAGUCUCGCACCUGGAAAGAGUCACCGCUCCUAGUGGAACUCAGCCGAAGAGCAACAAAACUCCAAUGCAGAAGGGUCGUGACAUUUGGUGGCACGAUGUGGUACCUCAAGCAUCCACAAGCUGCUAUCCAGAAUGGAUGCAAGCAGAAGAUCCCCUGUUUAUGCUCUACACAAGUGGUUCGACUGGAAAGCCGAAAGGUGUCCUGCACACCACCGGUGGUUACCUUUUGUACGCCGCCACCACAUUCAAAUACGUCUUUGACUACAAACCCAACGAUGUGUACUGGUGCACCGCCGAUAUUGGUUGGAUUACUGGACACACCUAUGUGGUGUACGGACCAUUGGCUAACGCCGCAACUUCAGUGUUGUACGAAGGUACGCCUUUCUAUCCCGACAACGACAGAUUCUGGUCUGUGGUGGACAAAUACAAGGUAUCCCAAUUUUACACUGCCCCUACCGCAAUUAGAGCCUUAAUGAAAUUCGAUGACGCCUUAGUUAAGAAACAUAACUUAUCCUCACUGAAAGUAUUGGGAUCGGUGGGAGAACCCAUCAACCCCGAAGCCUGGCAGUGGUAUUACAAACUGGUCGGCCAAGAGAGAUGUUCAAUCGUGGACACGUUCUGGCAAACCGAAACCGGAGGACACGUCCUCACACCCCUUCCGGGUGCCACACCCAUGAAACCCGGAGCAGCUUCAUUCCCGUUCUUUGGCGUCCAGCCAGUGAUUCUGGACGAGUCUGGCAAGGAAAUUAAGGGUGAGGGGGAGGGAUACUUGGUGUUCGCACGUCCAUGGCCUGGCCUAAUGAGAACUCUCUUCAACAACCACGAUCGAUACGAGACAACCUACUUCUCGAAAUUCCCCGGUUAUUAUUGCACUGGCGACGGUGCAAGAAGGGAUGCGGACGGCUACUUGUGGGUAACGGGACGUGUGGACGACAUGUUGAACGUGUCAGGUCAUCUCAUGUCCACCGCCGAGGUGGAGUCCGUCCUUACAGAGCACCACGGCGUCGCCGAAGCCGCUGUCGUCGCUCGUCCUCACCCGGUGAAAGGGGAAUGCCUGUACUGUUUCAUCACGACCACCGACGUAGCCAAAUUCGACGAUAAACUGAUAAAAGAACUCAAACAAUUGGUGAGAGAAAGGAUAGGACCGUUUGCUCAACCUGACGUAGUACAAAAUGCCCCCGCUUUGCCAAAGACCAGAUCUGGUAAGAUUAUGAGACGUAUUUUGAGGAAGAUUGCGGUUAACGACAGAGACGUCGGAGAUAUUAGCACCUUGGCCGACAGCGGAGUGGUUGAACAACUGUUCUCAUCGAGACCGGCGAACGCCUGAAUAAGUACCGACUCUGCUCUAGCUUAAUUGUAGGCUUAGGUGUAUAAUGAAUGUGAUUUAAGGAGACGCACUGUCAUAAUAUAUUUAAAUAACCAAUGCAAAACAGAUAACUGCUGGAUUUUACAUAGGAAAUGACUUACUUAAACGAAGUAGCUGUAUAGUAUAUUCUGCUACGUUACUUCUGCACCAGUUACUAGAAAAAUCUUUGUUUAAUAUAUUUUGUUGCAUAUUUUGUAUAUAUUUAUUGAUAUAAAAAUUAAUUGUUAAGAAUUCUAUUUUUCGAUCAAUCUCAUGACAUCUGUUGUAUAUUUUGUUGAUCAUUAAAUUUUAGGCAAUAAUUGAAAUGAGCACUAGUUGAUACUAUAAAGAGAAAAUAUUUUUAGCGGAAUUUUUAGAUGUAGUAGCACAUGAUUAUGGGAGACUGCAUUUAAAAUAAAACUUAAAUGAAUAUUGCCUUCAUAAAAAUACAUAUCAUUCCAUUUAUCCAUUUUUUGUAUAAAUGUAUGUAUAUAUAUACAGUGUAUAUUAUACUUAAACUUUUGAGCAAAUAAACAUGUUGAUGUUACAA